UUGACACCAUUGGCACCGCUUGAUCCGAUCACCAUCAAAAGUCCACCAAAAUUCCCUGAUCCGGUCAGCAAGCACGAUGACAACUCGGCAGAUGGCAUCUAUAAAGUGGCCGAAACUGAAAGUGUUCGUUGUAUCAGCACCUCUUCAUCGGCUCUGAGCACCACUGGUCUUUCAAGCAGUAGCACUGAGAUCAAUGAGGACAAUUUUACGAGCACAGCAACCGUGACAGCCUACGAGACAACGGAUGCGCCGCCUUCCAAUGAGAAAAGUCUUUCGAAGCCAACCGAUUUGAUUCUUUAUGAAUUCAACUUUCGACGGCUCCUGAUCGUCGCCUUGGGUCCACCAUUCAUCGCACUGAUAUGUGCUUUUUUGAUUGGUUUCUCGAUAGACUACGAUCUCUUGCUGAACUAUGAGUGGACUUGCGGUGGUCAUUUGGAAUAUGCUCGUCUUACCCCAUACGACACUCAGACCUAUUAUGGUGUUUGUUAA